AUGUCGAUCAAAAACUCCCUUAAAGCACAGAGAAAUGAUUGGAAACUUAAGAAUAGACCGAAACCCCCAAUUUUUGAUAAGCUUUAUUCGGAAUCAAAUGGGCUUUUAGCUGAUAUUCAAAGAUUUCUUCCUCAAUAUUCGAUUCUACUCGAGUAUUUAUUGCAAUUUUUUGAUGGAUUUUGGUACAAGUAUUUACCUAUAGUUGAUGGGAAUGAUAUUUUGCAAAUAUUUAAAAUGCAGUUCAAAGAAUCAGACGAUAAAAUGAAUAUAGAAAUAGUACUGCCGCAAAAUUCAGUUGAGUUUGCAAAUAUUGCGGUAAUAAUAACUAUCUUGAAAUACUCCGUAAAUUAA